AGCGACCCGCGCGAGGCAGGCAGGGCGCGCCGAGACAGGAGACAGCUUUGCGGUUCCUCCAGAAGCUCAACACCGUUCCUGAGCGGCCACGAUGAUCCCCCCGAGCGGCGCCCGAGAGGACGGCGUGGACGGGCUGCCCAAGGAGGCUGGGAGCGCUGAGCAGCCGCCCUCUCCCGCAUCCACCAGCAGCCAGGAAUCCAAGCUCCAGAAACUAAAACGAUCACUUUCUUUCAAGACCAAGAGUUUACGGAGCAAAAGUGCUGACAACUUCUUCCAGCGAACCAACAGCGACGUGAAGCUGCCAGCAGACAUACUGGCAGAAGUCAGUCCCAGCUCCAGCUCGCUGCCUUUACCCGGAAGCCUGACAUCUACACCCACCAGGCUGGGCCUUCACCCCAACAGUGGCAAGGCACAUGCCUUUCAGGAGCACAUCUUCAAGAAGCCCACUUUCUGUGACGUCUGUAACCACAUGAUCGUGGGAACAAAUGCUAAGCAUGGACUACGCUGCAAAGCCUGUAAGAUGAGCAUCCACCACAAGUGUACAGAUGGCCUAGCACCCCAGCGAUGCAUGGGCAAGCUGCCAAAGGGGUUUCGGCGCUACUACAGUUCCCCCUUGCUCAUUCAUGAACAAUUUGGAUGCAUUAAAGAAGUUAUGCCCAUUGCCUGUGGCAAUAAAGUGGACCCUGUCUAUGAGGCGCUCCGUUUUGGUACCUCCUUGGCCCAGAGAACAAAGAAAGGAAGCUCUGGCAGUGGCUCUGAUUCACCUCACAGAACCUCGACUUCAGAUCUCGUGGAAGUUCCUGAAGAAGCCGACGGGCCAGGAGAGGGGUAUGACCUCAGGAAACGCAGCAACAGCGCUAGAUUUGAAAACCACACCACAGAGAAGCUACUUUGUGCUGCACCUGAGGUGCCCGAGGCCAGUCCAGGAGAUGUGAUUACUCUUCUAGAGGAUUCCAACGAAGACUGGUGGAAAGGAAAAAUUCAGGACAGGAUUGGCUUCUUUCCAGCUAACUUUGUUCAGAGAGUAGAACAAAAUGAGAAGAUUUUUAGAUGUGUUAGAACCUUCAUUGGGUGUAAGGAGCAGGGGCAGAUAACACUGAAGGAGAAUCAGAUCUGUGUGACUUCUGAAGAAGAACACCAUGGUUUUAUCCGAGUCCUCAGCGGGAAGAAAAGAGGCCUUGUCCCCUUUGAUGUCCUGGAAAAUGUCUGACUGUAGGUCUCACCUCCUUGCGCAGUAGGCAAGCUCUGCUGUGAUGCCGUCUGCUCAUCUCACUGUGUGCCCCCAGACAAGCUGCCAUACUGAGCAGGACCCCAGGAGACAGAGAGGUGGACUCAACUGUGGAGUAGCAGGCACAACCAGAGGACCCGUCGCACGGCACAUUCAGGCUGCCCGAGAGGGGAACAGGCUGAGGGUCAGCUGCCAGAGCUGGGGCAAGUCUGGUGGCAGCAGCAGAGCUGUCAGCCAUGGCUGCCUCUAGGCUGAGACUCUGUCCCUGUCUGUGAGCCGUUAGAGCUAGAGCACUGGAGCAUGCUCCAGUGUCUCCUGUGGUCCCAGUGCUGGGUUCAGAGCUGCCUAAUGAAGAGCUAUUCUGGUUCCAGACAUCUGUCCCCAGUCAAACGAUAUCACACUUCAGAAUUCAAGCAUUCUCUGCAGAGAAUCAAAAUGACCUCCUUCCUAGCUCAUCAGUCCAGGGCUCACCUCCAGGCCCUGCUCACUUUGUGCUCUGCUGAUGGUUCUUUGUUUCCCUUUAUGUGUUAAAUGCGAGGGCUUAGUUGUCUGGACAUCAGCUGCCAAGGUCUGACCUGCCCAAAAACUGAAAAUAGAAAUCUUUGCCUCUUCAGUUAACAAUAGAGGUAACAAAGAAGGAUCUAGGCACAAAUAUAAGCAGGGAGGGCAAAUGGGGUAAGCAGGGGCAAAGGGCCCUUAUCUGUUGAUGUGAAAACUUCUCCUGAAGGAAAUGGAUCUGGUAAAGAGAGUAUGUCAAAGUCUCUGUCUUCAUUUUAUUUCUUCUCUAUUGGGAGCAGCAUUCUCCCUCAUCCCAUCCUACAAGACUGUGUUUCGGAGGCUUAGUCUGUGUUGUAGGGAACCAGAAACAUGGAGGGCAGCCAACAACAGCAUUUUAGAACGGUAGCCAAAUUGGAAUCCAUUCUUUUUUAGGGCAGUAUAUUAUACUCUAGCACAUGGAAGAUGGAAAAGAAUCCUUAAUGUUUCACCCUUCUAAAAGCAGGAAACAUGGGAUCUGUUAGCAUUAUCUAGAGGAAUCUCUGUUACUCUGUACUUGUACUAAUGUUUACAAGAAUACAAUAUACUGUGAUGCCUUCCUCCUCCAGCCUCCUUCUUGCAUUCAAACUUGCAUCCUAGUAGUCAUGACUAUAUUUAAACUCUAAUUCUCAGUGCCCUUGAAAUAAUGUCAGUUUAUUUUGUUACAAAGCAAUAAAAUCAUUAGAACAAUUGGUUUUUGAAAAACUUCAAUGGAUGCACCCUGUGUAUGUAAACACUAUUUCCCAAGCCAAAGCUUCAUUAGUCUUCAUUAAUUUCUUUUGUUACUGCUCAGCAUGAAGUUAGGAGCUAAGAUGGGAAGCUACUGGUUUCACAGUAGUUCGGAAGCCUUACUAUAAUUUCAAUGCCAGCAUCCAGAAUUUCCUCCCUGUCUAGUACAACAUGAGAAACCAGAUGUAGAGUCAAGAUGGAUUCUCUGGUAUCCCAGGUAGACAACAUGACUGCCUCUCUGUAAAACUGUAUGCUGAAUACCAACAUUCUUUUCCUCUAAUUCAAUUUGCCAUUUAAUAAAGACAACAUAGCAGCUAGAAGGAGCAGAGAGAACAUGUGUUCCAAUCUCUUCUUUGUGGCGAUCAAAAUUUUUGGCAAGUAGUGUCUGAUUCACAUUUUUAAAAGUCAGUUUUCCUUUUCAAGUUGAAUAGAAGGAGAAACGAUAUUCAGCCUCCUAGGUGGUCCCCAGCGAUGCCCACUCUUGGCAUCUUUGCCUCUGUGGAUUCCCCUCCUGGAUUGAAUUAUGUGGCUAGUGGAAGAUAGCAAAAAUUAUAGACAUCACAUCAGAGGCAAGUUUUAAAAAACACUUGCACCUUCUCACUGGAUCUCUUGGAAUACUCACUAUUGGAAUCCGGAAAUGCCACGUAAGAACCUGAGGUCAUCAGGCAAGACAGAUCCAGUGGAAAUGCCGUGUAUUGUGGCAGCUGAGGUCUCACUCUAACUAAAUGAUGAUGAACUGUACCUACUGAGCCCCACCCAAGUUAGAGAUUUAUAUGCAAAACAUAUGUGUAGGGCUUUAUUAAGUCACUAAGUUUUACAGGGAUUUAUUAUAUCAAAACAAGUCCCUGGAACAGGGAUUUAUUAUUUGAACUAAAGGAAAAAGUACUCUUCUUAUACAGUGAGACCCAAAAGCUUUGCAAAUAUCAAGUGUUGGCAAUUAUGCAUGUGUAAGAGGUCUCAUGUUCCCUAGAGAUCUAGAGUCAUCCAGACAUAAGGAGAAAAUCAAGGUGCCUUUCAUAAGAUAGAUUGCCAUGGAUAUUUCUCACACAGAGAUUAUAGGAACCAGGCAUUUCCUUUCCUUUUUCAUGCCAGCGGAAAAGACAAGAACAAAGAUAGCAAUGAUCUGUCAUAUUCUUGAAAAUCUUGAGAUAUGACGGGAAUGCCAACAAAGUAAAGGCCUCAGGAGACACUGGUGAAAGGACAGGUAAGGAAUGAGAAAUGUUCAUAGAAGAAAAAAUGGAUCCUGAAAUAUUCUCCAUAGCAUGAAAGAGCAGUUUGAUGGCUCAUCUCCUGUCCUGCAGCUAAGGGGUGGCACUUAUCUAUACCAGCACAGCUGUGCCCUAUGCUUUACCACCAACUCUGUAAGGACCCAGUUCUACUGUGGUAAGUUCAGAAUAAAGAUCAGAUUCUUUAUCUGGGAACAUCCCUCAGAAG